AUGGGUAGACGUGAUUUUCCUAGAGCUAAAGUGGUAUGUAAAAAAGGUUUAAAACAUUGUGAUGGUAAUGAUACCCACGAAUUACAAAAAUUAUUCGAUUUGUUUAUUAAACGUCAUGUAUCAGAGGCAAUAGCCAGUUCAUUUUCAACCGAAUCACAAUAUGUUUGCUAUCAUAUUGAACAUUGUGGUAUGUCCUAUUUUUUAGGUUCAUAUUGUUUACGACCGAUAUCUACGGAUAGAAAACUGGAUAAAGAAUGGCCACAUUGUGCAUGUGAUCCGAAUGGAAUUAGAAUGGGUCCAAAAUAUACAUCAUGA